AUGAGCCGCUCCGAGAGUUGGGACAUGGAUGGGCUGCGGGCAGACAGCGGGGCCGCUGGAGCGGCGCCGGCCUCCUCCUCGUCCUCUGUGGCGGCGCCGGGCCAGUGUCGCGGCUUCCUAUCGGCGCCGGUGUUCGCGGGGACACAUUCCGGACGCGCAGCAGCGGCGGCGGCAGCGGCGGCGGCUGCAGCGGCAGCGGCCUCCAGCUUCGCGUACCCGGGGACCUCUGAGCGCACAGGCUCCUCUUCGUCGUCCUCAUCCUCAGCUGUGAUCGCCACUCGCCCGGACGCUCCGGUGGCCAAAGAGUGUCCCGCGCCAGCGGCGGCCGCGACCGCCACAGCACCCCCAGGCGCUCCUGCGCUGGGCUAUGGCUACCACUUCGGCAACGGCUACUACAGCUGCCGUAUGUCGCACGGCGUGGGCUUACAGCAGAACGCCCUCAAGUCGUCGCCGCAUGCUUCUCUCGGAGGUUUCCCGGUGGAGAAGUACAUGGACGUGUCGGGCCUGGCUAGCAGCAGCGUACCGACCAACGAGGUACCCGCGCGAGCCAAGGAAGUGUCUUUCUACCAGGGCUACACGAGUCCCUAUCAGCACGUGCCUGGGUAUAUCGACAUGGUGUCCACUUUUGGGUCAGGGGAACCUCGACACGAGGCGUACAUCUCCAUGGAGGGCUACCAGUCCUGGACGCUAGCCAACGGGUGGAACAGCCAGGUGUACUGUGCCAAGGACCAGCCACAGGGGUCCCAUUUUUGGAAAUCAUCCUUUCCAGGGGAUGUGGCUUUAAAUCAGCCGGACAUGUGUGUCUACCGACGGGGAAGGAAGAAAAGGGUACCUUACACCAAACUGCAGCUCAAAGAACUGGAGAACGAGUACGCCAUUAACAAGUUCAUUAACAAGGACAAGAGGCGGCGGAUCUCCGCUGCCACGAACCUAUCCGAGAGACAAGUAACCAUUUGGUUUCAGAACCGAAGAGUGAAGGACAAGAAAAUCGUCUCCAAGCUCAAAGACACUGUCUCCUGA